CAGCAAAAGGGUUCGAAGUGCAUCAUUUUAGGUUUCACUCUGCUCUCAAAAUGCUCAGCCUGGAUUCACUCCGGUUUGACAACUCUUUCAGCUGCCAGUAUCCAGAUGCCAUACUCCACGAUCUGGAGGCAUUUAAUAAACAUGGCAACAGCUACUCGCAGACCAGUGAGUCUGACACCCACACAGACCUCCUGUGGAAUCUGAUAGAAGCAGAGGAUCCAUGUUAUGAGACAUAUGAGAAUAUACAGUUGACCUCACUGCAGAAUGUGCAGCUGCCCUACCUUCCGGGCACCUAUCCCCAGUACUGCCCAGACACUGUUCAGAAUCUAGAUGGAACAGUACCAUGCCCAGCACCAUGCCCAAUGCCAGAAGACUUAUAUAUUGCUGCGCCAUAUCCUUCCUAUGCUUCGUAUUCAAUGCCGGGUAAUGUGCCGAGCCCACCUCUUUCGGAGGAGGAAGAUUUUCGCCAUGCAGAGAGUCCACCCCUAGAAGUAUCAGACAGUGAAUCUGAUGAGAACUUCUCUCCAGGGGAAUGCAUUGGUUACGACCCAGGUGUACGCAAGAAGGUGCGUCUGUACAAAUUCCUGCUGGAACUUCUGCUGAACGGCGACAUGAGGGAUUGCAUCUGGUGGUUGGACCGGGAGCGAGGGACCUUCCAAUUCUCCUCCAAACACAAGGAAUUGCUGGCUCACCGCUGGGGCCAACAAAAAGGCAACCGCAAGAAAAUGACCUACCAGAAAAUGGCCCGCGCUCUGCGUAACUAUGGCAAGACCGGGGAGAUCCGCAAGGUGAAAAAGAAGCUGACGUAUCAGUUUGACAGUUUACUGCUGGGGGAGAGGAAUGUUGAGCCAACGUUGAAUGCUCUCUCCCUAAACCUGACCACAUCCUCUGGGUAAAUGGGACCAAAGAGACAUUCUCUCUCAUCAUCAACUUUUGUUUUGACUUUUUUGAGAUUGGGUGGGAUGGGAGCGGGGGUUGCGGUUCAUAAUCUUGGCCUAAGUACUUACUGAAGCCUAUGAAAAGGACAACCAUGAAACUGCCAUAGGAGCCGUCCAACCCUUCACAAUGGACCUUUGUGAGCUCCUCAGAAAGAGGAAAGUGACGGAACUUAAAUGAUGUGGUAGUGAUGUUGGUAGAAAACCGUAGAUUAGGAGUUUAGAGAAUGAAGAGGAGACAGAAUGAUGUAGCUUUGCAUUCUGAUCAUGGACAGCAGCUCUUCAGAAGACUAUAUGAUAUCACCAGGCCACCGUACUCUCUCCAGUCUAUAGUGAGACCAUUUUGUCUUCACUUCUGUUUUGCUUCUAUUUUUUUUUCUUUUACCAAUUUGCUCUACUUUUUCUUUUCUUCCAUAUUGGAUAGACUAAUAUAGAGAUAAAUCAAUAGAGCAUUGUUAUUAGCGAGAGGACACCGAGACUUGUCUCUCCGUUUGGCGAGAAGACGGUGCUUAUAGCGCGGACUCUGCUCUUCCAGGAGCCUUUUAAGGAACUCUUAGAUAACGGUUAUUUUUAACGUACAGAAAUAUACAUGGAAUGCUUUUUUUUUCCACCACUUGGACUUAACUGCUGUUUGUAUCAGUUGCAGUGUAUGUGUAGCAACCCAGGGAAAUAUCAAUAUCCAAUCCUGAAUAAGGUUCUGUCCCACUGCCUAAAUCAAAGGGGUGUUCUGGGGUCUCUCUCCUACUUUCAAUUCUUAGUCCAUAUCUGAUUUUCAUUCACAGGGGAUAUUUUCCCACAAAAAAACGUUUUCCCAUUUUGGAUUUAUUUCCUACAAUGGUUUCAAGACUUUUCAUUUUUAAGCUGACUUUCUGCCGUCUUUUGGUUCCCCCUUUAGCCAUGGGGUUGGCAACCUCCUGGUUGUGUUACCAGGCCCUACCCACAGCCAGUUAUGUUGUAGCCCCCUAGGGAAGAGCCUUACCCGGCUUAUUUGUGUAUCAUUGAUUGGAUUGGUGGUGAAGCUGAAGGCAGGGGCUCUUGGCAUUGUAGGGUGGGUGAACCCUUAGCUAAGAGCAGAGCAUGCGUAUUCUAAAGAUGGCAGUAGGGUACAAUCUUGAAAAGGCUUGAUUUAAAAAAAAA